GGAGAAAAGGCGAGGCGUUGUUUUUUGGAUUAUUUUUGUAUUAAAUUUUUAAUUAAUCUCAUUAGACUGUGUAAAAUUGCUAUUUAUUAAUUAUUCUGAAGUACACUGUAUCAGAAUGGCUACUUUGGAUGACAAAAUCUUAGGUGAAAAGCUACACAAUUACUGUAGUAGCAGUGAAGACGAAGGUGAUUCUGAGUACGAAGAUAGCAGAAGUGGAGACGAAGAAGGUAACCCGCCUGCUCCGCAGCAGAGUGCCGCACCAGCGCCCGUCAACAGUUGGAAUGGCACAGCCAGCAACACUGGCCCCAAAGGAGUUUUGGAAGACUGGCGAAGAUACAAACAAUUGGAAGCUGAGAACCGUGCAGAAUUGGAAAAAGAACGCAUCGCAUUAGCUAAAAAGCUCACAUUAUCUGUAAAACCUGAACGAGAAGAGGCUGAAGAAAAGAAAAUAGAAGAACUGGAAGAUGAAUUGAAUGAGUUGGCUGAUGAAGACUUUUUGCUAAAGUAUCAACAACAGAGGAUGCAAGAGUUGAUGAAUCAGUUACAGAAAGCACCCAAAUUCGGUAAAGUGGUGACUUUGAAUACUCAGGAUGAGUUUUUGAAUGCAAUCGAUAAAGAGGACCAGAAAGUCACAGUUGUCAUUCAUAUUUACAGCAGUAAGUCCAUAGCAUGUGAGACUAUGGAUGGUUGUCUGAAUGUGUUGGCAACAGAGUACCCUAUGACGAAGUUUUGUCGUAUAUCAGUGGAUGUGACGGGUCUGAGUCGUCAUUUCCGUGUUGAUGGGGUCCCUGCGCUGCUUGUGUACAAAGGUGGUCAGAUAAUUGGAAACUUUGUGCAGCUCGCCACAGAGUUGGGAAAUGAUUUCUUUGCCACAGACGUAGAACGGUUUCUUAUAGAGUACGGAAUGUUACCUGAGAAGUAGUGUAAUUUAUUGUUAUCUGCUUUAAAUGCAGUAUUAUCACUUACUAUGGCCUUGAACGCAUGAUGUCAGUGUCUGUAUGAUAGACAGUAGACUGUACCUAAUUUUUGUUCUUAAAAACACUAACAUAAUGUUUAUUAUUAGUUGGUAUAUUGUGGUGUACAAACUUUAUCUUGUUUGUGACUUGUCACCCAAUUAAAAUAGAAUAUGAAUUAAUUUAAUGUCUCUUUGUAAUUACAGUUCUGUUUAUCCUUGAAUUGAUUUUGAACAUGUUUUAUUGGUAGGUGAUACACUACAGAAACAUACACUUAACUAUUUAAGGUUUUAAUGUAAUUAGAAU